GUGAAAACUCGAUGCCCCUCGCCAGGUAAUUCAGUGAAUGGUCAAAAUCCUGAAACCGGAAAUCAACCUGUAACUGAUGCUAACUUUGGAGGAAUGAUAACCAAACCAAUCAUUGAUACUCGGAGAGUGCCAGCGACACACCCCAUGUGUCGUACCUCCAAAGCCGAUGUGUUUUUCUUGGUGGAUUCGUCAGGAAGCGUUGGAUCGAGCAAUUUCCAAUUGCAGAAAGACUUUAUUGUCGAUUUUGUCAGACAUAUGAGAAUAGGUAUCAGUGAUUUACUUGUAGGAAUAUUCACAUUUUCAACCAGCCCGACGUAUCAGAUAAACAUCAUGGCACAUCACGACCAGCGUUCACUGAUAGCUGCUGUGAACGCCAUACCGUACAUAAGCGGGAGUACUCACACGGGUACAGCCAUCGAGUACGUCAUACAACAGGCACUGAGCACAGGGUCUGCAAACAGGGCUGACGCGCCGGACUCUCUAAUUGUCAUGACUGAUGGUCAGUCCAAUAAUAAGGUAAUGACACUUGAGGCUUCCAGGAAACUGCAUAAGACAGGAGCAGCUACCUUCGCUAUAGGUAUAGGGAGGGGACCAAACACAGAUGAACUAGCCGCCAUAGCCUCAACACCUGACAACGUUAAGCUGGUUUCCAGUUUUCACGACCUCAGUGGAUUGCUUAAAACUGUUUUCAGCAAAACUUGCUUCGGAAGCUUUCCGCCUCCUUCGACGACAACGAGGGCAACAAGAACUAUACCACUAACAACUACUACUACAACAACACCAACAACUACCACAACUACAACACCAACAACUAAUAAACCUACAACUAAACCAACAACUACUAAACCUACAACUAAACCAACAACAACUACUAAACCAACAACUACUAAACCUACAACUAAACCAACUACUAAACCUACAACUAAACCAACUACUAAACCUACAACUACUACACCAACAACUUUUACAACAACCACAAUUACUACUACUGUAACGCCGAGAAGGCUCACGACACCAUCGACCACGGUCUCAGCACUGCUAUCAACAGAAUGUUUGACGCAAAUGGUGGACGUUGUGUUCCUGUUGGAUUCGUCGGGAAGUAUGGGUGAAAUGGACUUCAGGAAAUUGCUCGAUUUUGUAUCCGUAUAUGCUCAAUAUUUCACUGUUGGUCCCAGCAAUGUACAAAUGAGUGUGAUAUCCUUUGCCUCUGACGUCACGAUUCAUUUUGAUUUGAAUACGUAUGAUAACAGCGCUGCGAUAAUAAACGCCGUUCAGAACAUCCCAUACAAGAAUGGAGGGACACACACAGAAAAAGCACUCCAAAUGGCGCUGUACCAUAGCUUCACUCGACAGACAGGGGACCGUUCUUACGCCAAAAACGUGCUUCUCGUUAUCACCGACGGCUAUUCGUAUGACCGAGAAGCGACGCUUUCUGCGGCUUCGAUGCUUAAGCUGUAUCAGAUCGAGACGUUUGCUGUCGGGGUUGGACAGGGUGUCGACAUUUCUGAAUUACAAGGGAUCGCUACAGACAGCAGACACGUGUUUACCGCGACUAACUUCGACACUCUCAGUACUCUGAGAUCAAAACUAAACUUGUUUUCCUGUCUCUGUACAGAUGGAACAUGUACAGAUGGGACCAUCCCAGGUGUGGACCAGCCUCCGGAAUUCUGGGAAGUAUUCACAUCUCCGCAAUAA